AUGCCUCGAAACCGCCCAGCCACGACGGGCUACGAGCGCCUAGAACAGGCCGACCACUCGAGCGAUGAGUCCGAAGACGACUUCAUGCUGCAGAGCUCUGCGUCCCUGCAGGACCCCCGAGCUCCCCGCUAUAACCAUACGUCACAGCCGCGGCCCCACUCCGGCAUGGCCUCGCCGAGAGCACAUGCAAGCAGCAGCACCACCACUCGCCCGGGAGGACCGAAACACAGCCGCGGCCGGAGACUUAGGAGCAACUCGGGCGUGGACGUGAAAGCGAUAAACGCGCGGCUGGAGCGAUGGGCAGAAGAGAUAGCCUCCAAGUUCAAGCGGGGGAAGAAGGGCAGGCACGGCGACGACGACGAGGGGCGGCUCGAGAUCCAUCACAGCGUCUUCCAGGCACCUGAGGGCGUGAGGCCCGCCACGGCGCAGAGCCUGGCAGUGCCUCAGGAGGGCGUCAUGACGAGGGACGAGUUCGAGUACAUCGUUGACACCGUGCGGCUGGCUAUCGAGCAGGGCGUGCACCCGAGGAUGAUCACGCAGGGCAGCUCCGGGUCCUACUUCGCGCGGAACCCGGACGGCAAGGUCGUGGGCGUGUUCAAGCCCAAGGACGAGGAGCCAUACGCAGCAGGAAACCCAAAGUGGAACAAGUGGAUUCACAGAAACUUGUUCCCUUGCUGCUUCGGCAGGGCAUGUCUCAUUCCCAACCUUUCCUAUGUGAGCGAGGCGGCAGCCUACACUCUUGAUUGCCAGCUCCGGACUCAUAUGGUGCCUUAUACCGAUGUUGUGUGGCUCGCAUCGAAGUCAUUCCACUAUCCCUUCUGGGAUCGCUACAACUACUCUAGGAACAGGAAGACAUUACCUUCAAAACCAGGGAGUUUCCAGGUCUUCCUGAAGGGGUUUAAGGACGCGAACGUUUUCCUUCGAGAACACCCCUGGCCGGACCAGUACCUGUCGGGUGUACGAACCAACGACACGCAUCGCAACAGGCGCAGAAGAUGGGUAGAUAAUUGUCGGCCCAUUGCAGGCCGCUUAGAAGAUGACGAUGGUGGAGACGACGGGACAGAGACCCCAGACCGGGUGCCUGGUCCGGACAACUUCAUGUGGACAGAAAGCUUGAAGCAGGCUUUCAGAGAAGAGCUUGAGAAGCUGGUGAUACUGGACUACAUCAUGCGCAAUACAGACCGGGGCCUCGACAACUGGAUGAUCAAAGUCGACUGGGAGACUGGGGAAGUCUCGAUAGCUUCGGAGCCCGUGCAUAUGAACAUGGACACCGAGGAGCAACCGAACGGGCCGAGGCCGGUGGAUCUGAGCCAGAGGCCAGCGCAGAACCGCUCAUCAUACCCAUACAAAGCUCAGAGACCCAUGGAAGCGUCAAGUCCAACAGAUGGGCCACGGGAUCCAAAAAUCAGUAUAGGGGCCAUCGACAACUCUUUAUCAUGGCCUUGGAAACAUCCUGAUGCUUGGCGAAGCUUCCCCUUCGGCUGGCUGUUCUUACCCGUGGACCUUAUUGGCAGGCCCUUUUCGCAGAAGACGAGGGAUCAUUUCUUGCCACUUCUGACCUCGACAGCAUGGUGGAGUCAAACGCAACUUGCGCUCAGGAAGAUCUUCCAGAUAGACCCGGACUUUCAAGAGAAGAUGUUCUCUCGGCAAAUAGCCGUCAUGAAAGGGCAGGCAUGGAACGUGGUAGAGACGCUGAAGACGCCGGAUCACGGCCCCUUGGAACUCACCCGGCGGGCGAAGGUGUGUGUGUGGGAUGACCUGGUGGAAGUCCCCGUGGCCGUUCCUAUGAGGGCGACAUCAUCCGAGAUGCGCAGGCGAACCGAAGAGGAUUUCCAAAAAGCCAUCGAGGAGGAGAUGGACAUCGGCGCGGCAAACAGCUCGGCCCCAGCCGCGGACCUGCUCGGCCUCGCAACGCCACCGGCCGACCUGCCACACCCCGGCAGGUUCGAACUGUCUGGCAACGUCACGGACACAGCCGUGGACGAGACCCAGUCACUGGAGGACUCGGCUCUGUUCAACAACGAGGGCACGGCGGCGUCCUCGCCGACGCGGACCAAGCACGACCGGCCCAAGAUGCCGGGGGCGCGAUUCGGGACUAGCUACCCCGGCCCGCAGCGGUCGCACUCGACGCUCAACGUCUACGCGAACAACAGGCGCGAGCGGAGGUACUCGUUCGCCACGGCCAUGGGCCGGCGGAACAGCAGCUCCAUCGCCCAGAACAUGUACGGCUACGACGACGACGUCGAGGGCGACCUGGGGUACGCUGCCGCCGAGGGCAUGGAGGGCAACCAGCGCAAGGUCAUCGUGGAGAGGCUGGAGCCGGUCAAGGCUCGGAACCCUGUGUUUACCUGGUGUUAA